GCGGACUUCCUUCCCACCUUCUCCCUCUUCUCCCUUCUGGCGCGAGACCUUGCCAGACUGCAGGCAUCACCUCCAUCCUCUGAGAAUACGUACACAUCUACAUGACGACGCAGCAGACUCUGACAGAGCCUGCCAUCUUUGCCAGGGCGACCAGCUGUGAUUGCCGCGCCCCUCAUGAGAAACUCACCAUUGCUCAGGCCCGCAGGGGCACCCCAGUGGACCGGCCAGUCAGAGUCUAUGCAGAUGGCAUCUUUGACCUGUUCCAUUCUGGACAUGCUCGUGCUCUUAUGCAGGCCAAGAACCUCUUCCCCAACACCUACCUCAUAGUAGGCGUGUGCAGUGAUGAGCUGACCCAUAAGUACAAGGGUUUCACAGUCAUGACGGAGCAUGAACGUUAUGAAGCGCUGAGACACUGCCGCUAUGUCGAUGAGGUUUUGAGAGACGCACCCUGGACUCUCACACCCGAGUUUCUUGAGAAACACAAGAUCGAUUUUGUGGCUCAUGAUGAUAUCCCAUACUCCUCAGCAGGAAGUGAGGAUGUUUAUAAACACAUCAAGGAGGCAGGGAUGUUUGUGCCUACACAACGGACCGAGGGAAUAUCAACAUCUGACAUAAUCACCAGGAUUGUCAGAGACUAUGACGUCUACGCCAGACGCAACCUCCAACGUGGCUACACGGCCAAAGAGCUUAACGUCAGCUACAUCAAUGAGAAGAAGUACCGACUGCAGAACCAAGUGGAUCGUAUGAAGGAGAAAGUUCGCACAGUUGAGGAGAAGAGCAAACAUUUUGUUUAUCGUGUGGAGGAGAAGAGUCACGACCUCAUUCAGAAGUGGGAAGAGAAAUCUAGGGAAUUUAUUGGCAACUUCUUAGAACUUUUUGGACCAGAUGGAACUUGGAAACAGGUGUUUCAGGAACGCAGUGGUCGAAUGCUAUCCUACGCUCUGUCUCCCAGAGAGUCGCCCUGCAACAGCCCUCCCCGUGAACUGUCCCCCCUGCGCUCUCCCUCACCUCCGUCUCCCCCCACACGCUGGCACAAUGCACGCCCCUCGCCCCCAACCUCCCCCAAAGGAGCAUCUGCAUCUAUAAGCAGCAUGAGUGAAGGUGAUGAAGAUGAGAAGUAAAUGGACUGUUGAACACACUCCCAUGCACACACAAACACUUCACUCACAGCACACUGCUUGAGAACUGCUCUCUCUCUCUCUCUCUCCCUCUCUCUGUCUUACACACACACACACACACACACACACACACACACACACACACACACACACACACACACACAAACACACUAACACACACACUAAUACACUAAUACACACAGACAUACUCCUGCGAACAGUGGCUGGAUACUGAAACAGUAAUCCUCAAGGACGUCCCUAAUACGCAAUGCAGAUGGUGGCCAUGGGAGAUGUAGUUCUGAAUAACAGAGCUAAGAAGCCAUCACUGUCUCUGUUGUCGGGGCAACCCAGCAAACAGAAGGAAGAUGAAGAAAGAAGGAGAUAAGGAUUUAUUUAUACAGUGUCACAUAUGGUAUGAAGGUCCAGAAUCCUUUGCAACAUCUUUUGAGAGGUUUUGCUUUGGAUUGUUCAGCACUGAUAGAGACUGCUUAUAAUAUCACCUCACUGUUUUGGUUCUGUUCUGUUUAGUUUAGCAUUUUCUUAGUAAGAUGCUAAGACUUUCUGUAACUGCUGUGACCACCCGAUGUGAAUAGGCACAAAGUUGUGUAAACAUUUUGUCUGAUAUUCAGUUCAACAGGUUGUGUGAACUGACGGUAACUGGAUUUAAUAUUCAAUGUGUAAUUUUGUGUUUGUUGAACUAACAGUUAGGGAUUAAAGAGAAGACACUGCACCCCCUAGAACAGCAGAGGUGUAGCAGUGAAUAUCCUAUUGGCACUCAAACACAUAGUCAAUGCUAGUUUGCACCCUUUUAGUAUAAAGAUUGGCAAAGAACAUGAAAUUCAUGUUAAGUAGGAAGAGUGAUUCACAAUCUUCAAUUCCCUUGAUUUACUUGUUCCAAUGCUACAGUAUUGACCAGUGGACUGCACCUAAUCUUUAAAAUGCUUGUUAGACUUGACUGUGAUGAGACAGAAGAAACAGACUUCAUUUAAUAGCUUCUUGAAUGUAAACAGUCUUUUAGACCACACCUAGAGAGUGAAUGUAAUCACUCUAAUUUGUGCUCACAUGCUAUACAAACACACAAAUUCUUCAUCACCACAGCCAUUCAAUAGUUCUCACAAUUAUCAUGAAUCACACUAACUGAUUAGUAGAAACACAUGAAUUUUCACCAUAAAAAGCCAUGUAAUUUGGCAGUUAUCCAUGUUUUAUCGAUCAGUGUUUAGCAGACAUUUUUUCGCUCUUUGGAAUAUGAUGUCAGCUGUCAAAAAACCUGGCAAACUUGGAGAUGCAGCCUUUCUCCAGUACUCUGAUGAUACUUGAAAUAUACAAUAAUUGAAGCCCUCCAGGUGAACUGUCAGGUCCUAAAAGCUGGAGCAUAGCCCUAAUGUUUUCUUUGCUAUUACUGGACAUGUAUGUAACAACUCCUUUGCUCAGGUCUGCUCAAUAGUGACCCAUAUCAGGGGAGAGCAGACAUAAAAUUCCACCCAAACACUACAAUACCCUAAUGCAAUGUAGAGAACCUAAUGUCCUGUAUUUACUACAUGUUAAUCUGCACUAUACUGUAUGUACAAACUUUGAGAAUGUGUCUUUUUUUAUUUUUUA